AUGGGUGUGGUCAAAGUUUUGAAGUGAUUGUAGUUUCCCCAAUAUUCGAGGGUAAGACUCUUUUACAGAGGCAUCAACUGGUGAAUGAAGCAGCUAAAUCAGAAAUUGCACAUCUUCAUGCAUUUUCUCAGAAAACUUAUACUCUGGCUCAAUGGAAAGGAUUACAGAAAUGA